ACUAUUAAUGUCUUCUAUCAUAUGGGGGCAUUUCCUGAAAAAGAGAGCUUGUGCCUGGAAUAUCUGUAACCUCCUAGCUCUACCCCAGAGCCCCAGGAUUGCUGGGUAAUCAUGCAAUUGUUGAACUGGGGCAAUCACAGCCUCCUCAGGAAGAUGCUCUGUGGAUCAGCUGGGAAGUUCCCACCUUCAGGGGCCUGCAGGCUGUGACAGAACACCCAAGAGUGACCUCAUAAAGGAAGGAGUCCCUUCAUGGAUCCCUCUCUACUGCCUCUCGGAAUCCAGAGACAGAGGAAAUCCCUAGGCAGAGAUUUUCUGGUGAAUGAUAAAAGCAAGGGAUAGAAAUUGAAAAUUUGGACAAUGUCGCAAGGCUUUCACCAUAACUCCUCGAAAACCGCUUCUCAUUCGCUGUUUGAAAAUGCAUCAACGAAACUCUAUGAAAAAAUCAAGAAGUAUAAGAGGAAAGAUGCACAGUUUCAGGCAUUUAUGAGGAAAGUCAUAAUGAGUCGUUUCUUUCGCAUAAUUAUGAUUACUACCGUCACAAUGAAUGCCUUUGUUUCUAUCUUGUGGACUAGUUAUGACAUAAGAAACCACAUCUUCAAAAUGAUUGAGAUGUUGGAGAUCAUCUUCGUGUCCAUCUACAUCACUGAGUUCAUCAUGAAGGUCUACGUGGACCCCAUCGACUACUGGAAGGACGGCUACAACCUGAUGGAUGUGUUCAUUCUUGUCAUCAUCUUCUUGCCCUAUGUUGUCCGUAAAGCCAAGGGCAUACACUACGCCCACCUCAAUAUCGUUGAUGGCAUCCAGUCCCUACGCACCCUCAAGUUCAUCUCCUAUAUCCGAGGUAUCCAGACAUUCAUCACAGCUGUGGGGCAGACAGUCUACACCGUGGCCUCUGUGCUCAUCCUGCUCUUCGUCCUGAUGUACAUCUUCGCCGUCUUGGGCUUCUGCCUAUUUGGAGCUUCAGACAGGGGGGACCUGGAAAACUGGGGGAACCUGGCUGUGGCUUUCUUCACCCUUUUCAGCUUGGCCACGGUCGAUGGCUGGACAGACCUGCAGAAGCAGUUGGAAAAUCGGAAUUUUGCUCUGAGCUGGGCAUUCACCAUCAUCUUCAUCUUGCUCGCAUCCUUCAUCUUCCUCAACAUGUUCGUGGGUGUGAUGAUCAUGCACACCGAGGACUCCAUCAAAAAGUUUGAGCGAGACAUGAUGUUGCAGAGGCACAUGACACUCAUGGAAGAGAAGCAGGUGAUCCUGAAGCGGCAGCAGGAGGACGUCAGCAGGUUGAUGCAGACACAGAAAAACGUUGACUACAAGGAUUUCAGCGAGCUGGUGGAGAACUUCAAGAAGACCCUGCGGCACACAGACCCCAUGGUCUUGGACGACUUUGGCACUAGCCUACCCUUCAUCGAUGUCUACCUGUCCACUCUGGACAACCAGGACACCACGGUGUACAAGCUUCAGGAGCUGUACUAUGAGAUCGUGCACGUGCUGGGCCUGAUGCUCGAGGACAUGCCCGAGGCUGAGCCCUUGGAACAGGACGAUGAGCAGUAGUCGGCGCGGGCCGCCUGACACUAGGGCCUCCUUGACGGUGGCACGUCCCCAUUAAACAGGCUUUCUCA